AUGAUCCUCCUCUCUGCGCUCGGAUCGCAGAAGGCCGAGGGAGUUCGAAUGGUCAACGUGGGUCACACUGCCUUUGAAUCAAAAAAAACCACCGAUGACGUCGACGCGGAGAGGAUGAAGAUGUGCCUCACAACUAAACUCACCAAAAACUGUUUCUUUCAACUUGUUCGAGAGAGAUUUGUAUCAGAGCUUUCCUACGCACAAGAUGUGGACCUUUCCACCUCCACAUCCGUCACAUCAGGCUAUCACAGCGACCAAGAUUCUUCCAGCUCUCGAAGUAAAGAGAAAAGAAAUAUACUGGGAGGUAAUCGAUACCCCCCUCAUUCCCUUUUUCCGGGACAUGGAUGGUCGUUCGGACGGAUGAGGAGCUUCAGAGGUAGCUCCAAGGAUGAGAAUGUGAUCGAUUUGGCUGUUCAGGAGCAACCUCCCAUGCCAAGCUUGUCAGCAUCAACUUGCUCCCCUCCGCGUUCACCAUCUUCCCGACCUGACCCGAAAGCAUCGUCGGUUGACGUCGCCUCCUCGCCUACCCCUGCAUCCGUUCGGCAACCUUUGGCGACUUAUACUCCGGCGCUUCCCGUCGAUACGUCGAUGCCUCUUACACCUCCAAACCUCGCGCGAGUAGACUCUUUCCUCUCCCAGCCAUCUGACAGUGGUGAUUCUUCCCGACCUUUAGUUCCUCGGUCAUCUACCGAAGGUCAGAUUUCUCAUCGUCAUCGAGAUUCAUUCACUCCACCAAAGAAACUCGUGAAACGACGACCUGGCUCGGUAAUCCAAGAUCAAGAGCUCGAUACUUUCCGUCUUGUACCCUCAGGUCAAUCAGAGCUCCGCCAACCUCUACCCAUUCCACAUCCAGAUGAUGUCGUAGGUGCCACGCACAUACAAUCACUCCCAAUGUCGCAAUCCCCUCCCUUCACUCAGCAAUUAGGCACGACAGUGCCGGCUCCCCGUUUUUCUCUCGACCGUCAAGGUUCCUCAUGUUCCACCGCUCCAUCUUCAGAUUCUAACACCCCCGCCACUGAAGAAUCCGACAUGAUCCACACUCCCCAGGUUACCCCGCUUAGCCUCUCGACAGCCUCUCCGGAGGUAUCAUGGGCUGGAGUGGUGGAAAUGCGACCGUGUCUCUCUCGUAGCUCGACCAGGUCGUUUCGAGAGGGUGACGAUGGUAGUGUUGUCAAAGAUAAUCGAGGGCAGGAAGGUGAUCUUGGAGCGUACAUUCGUUCUCAUGCAGAAGGCCUGAAUCAUCGGGCUCGUCGUGAUUCUCGAAACUUCCCCCCUCGUUCCUCUUCUCAGUCUUCAUUACGGACGGAUCCGACAAUCUCAUCCGAGCGCACGGCGAGACGAGGCUCAGUGUUGGGCCUUCAGUCCGCCCUGACCUCCCCUACGACUUCUCGCAACGCGUCCGACAAUGAAUCCCCCUCAAUUGGGCAACAACCUAAUCGCAUAUCCUUUGCCCAAGAUGGGAACAGACGGUCUAUAGUCUUCGAAACCCCAGUCAACUUUGGGGACGGCGACGAAACCAUUCCUCGUAGAAGGGCGAAGCCAACUCGUCCACCACUUAUCAGGAACCGCUCAAGCUCACUGGGCGCCAUGUCAAACGCGACAGAUUCGAUCUACAGCAUCGGAGAGGUCAACAUAGCCACUAAAAGCGUCUUCACGGCCGCCAAAACUGUUGCGUUGGCUUCUCCGUACAGUCCUUCAGCGUCGGAAGACGGUCCCUCUGUGAUGGAAACCUUGCAGCGAAUGAAGAAUUCUUCAAUGUCCAUACGUCAGGCUAUGGAGUCAGAUCCUGUCCUCGCCCUCGCCACGUCAACCCCUUCCGUGACGGAUCGAGAGAAUGAAUCGCGGAACGCUUUCGAAGAUGAUAUGAAUUCCGUGCGCCGACGCGCACCUCCUCCUCCACGCUUAACGGAAACCUUCGCAACCCGAGCUGACAAAGCGAUGGCGAGACGAUCUUUACCAACCUCACCUACAGUACGACAGGACACCCCUGCGCCUCCCAAAUCGGCUGUGCCACAGAGUUCCAAGAACCAAGAGGUAAUCCCCAAAAGACCUGGUAUGCCUGAACGUCAAAGUAGUUUCAGUAGACUUUGGCGAAAGCUGAGUGCGCCCGGAUCCAAGAGAAGCAAGAAAGUCGACGGCGGUGGCGAGGGAAGUGUGCCUACGUCGCCUGUCAAACAUGUCAGACCUCAAAUCGAUACCAACAUUCCUCCUGUUCCGAUCCCGCGAAAGAGGUCUUCAAAGAAGGGAUUGUCGCCCAUUCGGAGCAGUCCCGACGAUAAACUGCUUCAUGGAGGUUCUCUGACGAGACAGGGGAUGAUGAUGAUCGAUCUUGAUAUCCCUGAAGUACCCGUCCGCCCUGCACGCUUCAAUUCGAAAGAUAAAAUCUCUUCCCCAUCCGAAAACAAACCUAUUCGGUUUUCACCAGCGAUACAUUCCUCACCUACGAUACAUUCUUCACCUGUUGUCCUGAGUUCUCCGCCAACACAACCCACCCGAUCCACGUCCCUUCCGGUACCUAUUCAGCCUGUCACUCGAGUCACAAAUAUACGUCCCAUCCGAAAGGUCACACUUCCUCCCUCCACCUCAUCUGAAAAUGAAAUAGUGGACUUGCUCUCACCACCCGAAUCGCAAAUCCCUACCCCGGAUGUUUCUUCGGACACCGAUGACGCCCCUGAUCCUUUGACAGGUUUGGCGGCUCAAAGAAAUCUCAAUCUCACCUUGUCGGAAGAACUAAAGAAGAGAAGAAGUGAACUUUACAGAAGGACGUUGUUCGAUAUUGCAGAUGAUCGGGUGUUUCAACAAGUUUUAGAGGAUUUGACGAGGUUGGAGGAUGUCCAUCAUCUUCAACGUGGUUCUAGCGGUCUUCCAACUCCUCAGUUGAGUAGAACGCCGUCGAUCGAUGAGUUGGCAAAUUUAUCGAAACAAGAUGGGAUGAAGGCUUGGUUCGUAACGAGGGAGUUGGUACAAGGUGAGAGAAGGUAUGGACGGUUGUUAGCGAAAGGCGUGACGAUUGUUCAAGCGGCAUGCGGCGAGUCAGCCUUGACGUACGAAUAUAAACCCACCCGUCAAUCUAGUUCCGCUUCCUCUACCUCCAUUCCAUCUCCUAUUCAAUCACCGUCGACCAAAUCUCAAAUGCGUCGACCUCGCACAUCACACUCCCCCUCUCUUAUCUCUGUUCCCAGUCCAAAUCCAUCUCUCACGGUUCUCGCAGAUCGUCUGCCGCGAUUGUUAGCCCUCAGUCUAACACUCUCGGCAAGGUUCGAAAGUGACCCAUCCCCCGCUGGGGUGGCUUCGGCAUUCUCGACUAUGGAGAAUGAGUUGAUGGAGGAGAUGACGAUGUGGGCUGGGGAAAUAGGAGGUUUGGUUGUUGGUGGAUACGCUUUGGAUGGGAUGGGGAGACAUAAGAGGAGCGCUAGUCUGAGUGGGAAUAGGGAAGGAGAUGGAGAAGGAGAGGAACAAGAAGAGAAGUUGAGGUUGUCUGAUAUUGUCAUUUCGCCUAUACAACGCGUAGGACGAUAUCGUCUCUUAUUCAACGACCUCUCCGAGACUUCACAACCACUCUCCUCGCCUAGGUCCAACACCCCACCCGAUUUGUCCAUCCCAGAUCACCCAUACGAGACUAUCCUCGCCGCUCUUCAAGCCGCUCAGAGAUUAGCAGAAGCAUGUAACAAGAAACAAACAUUUGAUCUGGAUGCUCUGAGACGACGGGAUGGUAAGAAAAAAAGACAGAGACCGAAGAGCGAAUUCGUCAGACCUAGUUCUGGUGUUUCGCUUGCUUGGUUGACAGAGGCUACAUGA